AUGUCCGAUUCUCCCGUCAUCAUUCUCUAUGACAUCCCUGGUACUGUCGCAGGUCAUGCGUGGUCGCCUAAUACUUGGAAAGCGAGAUUUGCGCUGAACAUCAAGGGCAUCCCGUACAAGACCGAGUGGGUCGAAUAUCCAGACGUUGUCGACCUUUGCAAAAGGAUCGGUGCCGCACACACCGAGAUCCGUGGCGGCAGCCCGCACUACACCCUACCCAUAAUCUACGACCCUUCGACGAAAGCUGUCGUUUCCGACUCUUUCAAAAUCGCACAGUAUCUUGACAAGACAUACCUUUCUUUACCGGCACUCAUCCCAGCCGGCACCGAGGCCUUUCAAGCGAUGUUUACAAACACGAUCGAGCAGCGCAUCCAGAAUGUUAUGUUUCCGGUUCUGGCGCUGGCAACUCUGCUGCAGCUCUCGCCUCGCAGCAUGGAGUAUUUCCGCCGGACACGCGAGGUGCGGUUUGGCAAGAAGGUGGAGGAUUUCGCGCCGGAAGGUGAGGUGCGAGAUGCUAUCUGGAAGACGUCGCUGGGGACGUUCUCUGAGGUACAUGGAUGGAUGGGCGUGAACGGUAUUGGCAAGACGUUCGUGAUGGGUGAUACCCCUUCAUUUGCGGAUGCCGACAUUGGCUCGCAUCUGGUCUGGAUCAAAUUGGUGAUGGGAACGGAGUCGAAGGAGUGGAAAGAUAUUUUGGCUGCGGAUGAGGGGCGAUGGGCGAGGCUUGCUGAAGCUUUGAGCAAGUGGGAAGUGGUCAAUUGA